AUGUCCUGGAGCUUGAACAACCACGGUUUACCGUUUUUACCGGGAUAUGCGUUUCGGGAUGUGACGAAGUCGUCCUUCCAUCGGCCUCAGACGCUGGACUUUAAGAAUGGCUUUCGACUGGCCCGUCGCCCCACCGUGGGCAUUGGCCAGGAUCCUCUUGUAUCAGAGCAGUUAACUCAACAGGAGAUCAGCGAGUUGUGCUUUCAGACACCAGAUGUGACUUACGGCUCCUCUCACCAGGCAGCAUGUGAAGACUUCAUCCCAGCUCACGUGGCCUUGGAUAAAAAGGUGCUGUGCUACGAUGCAUACUUUGUGGAGGACAUCCUGUAUUCCCCUGAAGAGGAGUACCGUGUGCGCCCUGUUGUCAUCUACUACUACCUCGAGGACGACACGAUGUGCAUCAUCGAGCCCACGGUGGCGGGGUCUGGGUUAUGGCAGGGGAUGAGGCUCAAACGCCAACAUUUUCCCAAGAAUGAACGCGGAGAGCAUUACCUGUGGAAAGACCUGAACCUGGGCGUGGACCUGGAGGUGUAUGGAGUCAAGUACCACAUCACACACUGUGAUGCCUUUACACAGAAGUUCAUGGAAAGUGAAGGCAUCAUUCUGAACGACCCUGAGCCAGUGCCAGUGGAUCCUUACAGCAAACGUCGCAGUCUCCCUCAGCCUCAGUACACUCCACCCUCCACAUCUGACCACAUGCAUCAGUUUCCCACCACGGAUGGUGAGGUGCUCUGUUUCGCUGCCCUGUGGGAUAACACUGACUCUCUGUACGGGGAGACCAGGCGCGUCACCAUCAAGUAUUACCUGGAGGACGACAAAGUGGAGAUCAGAGAGGUCGAGGAACCCAACAGUGGCCGGGCUCCCUUCAUAAUGCGCAGAAAGAGGUUACCCAAAAAGUUCAAGCCAGUGCCUUUUCCCAGCUGUGUGAUGGAGACCUCAGAGAAGGACGUAGAGGAGUAUUACUCACCCAAAGACUUUCAGUUAGGCCAAACGAUUAAGCUACUGGGCCGCUGCUUCCUGUUGUACGACUGCAAUCGCUUCACUAAAGAAUAUUACCAGAAGAACCACCCUGACAUGGAGCUGAAGUCCACGGAGCUGAAAUCCACGGAGCUGAAAUCAACGGAGCUGAAAUCCACGGAGCUACCAAAGAAGGAGGAAAAGAAAAAGGAGAUUCCUCCCUAUAAUGGUUUUGGUUCACUUGAGGACUCUGUCCAGAACUGCUUGUUUCUGACUCCUAAGCCUCCCAGAAUGGAUUACUUGAAGAUGCUGGAGAACGAUGGAAAAGUGUUGCACUACAGCGCCGAGCUGGACUCCCAGAAUCCUAAGGACGAAGGCCGACGCUUCAUACUGAGCUACUUCCUGUCCGAUGACAUGAUCAGUAUUUUUGAAAAGACCACCCGCAACUCCGGCAUCAUGGGUGGAAAGUUCUUGAAAAAGACCCGCAUCCCCAAACCGGGCUCCACUGUGGAACAUCCGGAGUUCUAUUCACCUGCAGACUUUGCUAUUGGAGCCACUGUGGAAGUUUUCAGUCACCGCUUCGUGUUGACCGACGCUGACCGCUUCGUGCUCACCUACCUGGAGUCCAUCUCGAGCCGGAUCCCUUCUCAGACGCUCGACUCUUUGCGACAGAAGUUUGGUGUCGGGAUCUCAAACCAGCAACCAGUUGACCAAAACGGAGAAGCUGCAGAACCUUCUUCAUGA